AUGCGACUACUGGUCGGGAGGAGGAGCACUGAGAAACCCAGAGCCCAUGCAGAGGGCCCACCUGUGACAGAACGUACCUUGAAAACCCUGUUAGAUGACCUCCGACGCAACAUAGCUGCUGACAUUACCCUAUUUGAGGAAAUAAGAGGAGUAUCGGGGCGACUACAUGACUCUGAAGUCGCCACUGCAGCCCACGAGGUUCGCAUUGCCAACUUAGAAAAAGAGCUAAGUGAGCUGAAAUGCACCCAGGCACAGAUCCAGACCCGCAUGGCAGCGGCGGAAGAUCGCCGGAGGUGGAAGAAUAUAAAGAUGCGGGGUUUACCCGACAAUAUCGCAACGGCCAAAAUCCCUCACUUAUUAAGCAGGCUGUUUACCCAAUUAUUCUCUGCUAAACAAUCCAAACUUGUGGCUGUAGAUGGCUGUUUUUCGGCUGCCAGCACCUCUAACAGGCACCAGGGGAGAGCACAGAGAUGUGAUCAUUCGCUUUCAAAAUGGGCCUGA